AUGGCCUCCAGUCUCAAACUUGGCUUGAUUGCCCUGCUCGGUGCUACUGCUAUCAACGCAGCUCCCGCCGCUGAGCCUGACCUUGGAACCUCUCUCCUUGCCUCUCGUGAUGCCUGUACCUUCUCCGGCGCCAGCGGUGCUGCAGAUGCCAUCAAGGGCAAGAAGUCUUGCUCAACCAUCACCCUGAACAACGUCGAAGUCCCAGCCGGAACUACCCUGGACCUGACAGGACUGAAGACCGGUACCACGGUCGUCUUCGAAGGAAUCACCACCUUCGGCUACAAGGAAUGGAAAGGUCCCCUCGUCUCUGUCUCCGGAACCUCCAUCACCGUCAAGGGCGCCGCAGGCGCGCAGCUCAACGGAGAUGGUGCCCGCUGGUGGGACAGCAAGGGCGGCAACGGCGGCAAGACCAAGCCCAAGUUCUUCAACGCCCACAGCUUGAAGAACUCCAAGAUUGAGAACAUCUUCGUCAAGAACUCCCCCUCGCAGGUCUUCAGCAUCAACACCGUCACCGAGCUGACUGUCAGUGGAGUCACCAUCGACAACGCCGACGGAGAUACCCAGGGCGGCCACAACACUGACGCUUUCGACGUCGGCUCUAGCGACGGUGUCUACAUCACCGGUCCUACCGUCCACAACCAGGAUGACUGUCUGGCUGUCAACUCCGGCUCUAACAUCCACUUCACCGGCGCUCAGUGCACCGGCGGCCACGGUAUCUCCAUCGGCUCCGUUGGCGGACGCUCCGAAAACACCGUCGACGGCGUCACCAUCGAGAACUGCACCAUCAAGGACUCCGACAACGGUGUUCGCAUCAAGACCGUCUCCGGCGCCACCGGCGCUGUCAAGGGCGUCACCUACAAGGACAUCACCCUCUCCGGAAUCGCCAAGUACGGUCUCAUCAUCGAGCAGGAUUACGAGAACGGCAGCCCUACCGGAAAGCCCACCAACGGUGUCCCCAUCACCGAUCUGACUAUCGACAACGUGCACGGAACCGUGGCCAGCGGUGGUACCAACACCUACAUCCUGUGUGGUUCUGGUGCUUGCUCCGACUGGACUUGGAGUGGUGUUGACAUCACCGGUGGUAAGACUAGCGAGAAGUGCAAGAGUAUCCCCAGCGGUGCUAGCUGUUAA